AUGAAAUGCUACCUGAGAGAAAUGAAGAGUAACAAAAAUGGUUUGAGCCUGGAUCUCAGCUGUGCUAAACCUGUGCUAGUGGGCACUGCUGACUCCCCACAGUGGACACAUGGUGAUAAGGAUGCACAGACAGCUCUUGGGCUGAAUCAGGAUAAAGACAUCACUGGGAGGACCUGGGCUAUCCAAGCCCUUUUGGUGGCUGGAGCAAUGGCCACCAUGGACAACGAGGACCUGUCAGCAUAUUUCUGCAUGCACUACAAAAAGAAUCUUCUGCCUUUGCUCACGAAAUUCAAACAGACAGAGGAAGAGUCUCUGUCUCCAUCUAUUCGCCUCCAGCAGAAGAAAAAACAAGCCAGAUUGAUUCAAAAAGCUCUGGAUGCAGAGGAAGAGGCCUUCAAGGUGAGGAUGGAAGCCAUAAACUGUCGGUGGAGUGAUCUCAAAGCCAAGGAGGCUCAGCUAAAAGCUUACACACAGAAAUUUGAGAAGUUCAUACAGGAAAACGAUGAGAAGAGAAUCCGAGCUCUAAAGAAAGCAAGUAAGGAAAGAGAGAUGAAGAUGCAGAGGGAGAAGGAGCUUUUGAGGGCUAGGAGGGAACUGGAAGCCCUGAAAAGUAAACACCAGAAAAUCUACAAUGCCCUGCAGAAGUACUCCAUCUUCAACAAGUACCUGGAGGAUGUGGUGAAAGUCUCAGAGUUUGAGGAGAUCCGGGAAGUCAUCGGGCGCCACAAGACGCUGGUGAGAAUGCACGAGGACCUGCUGCAGUCAGCACAGGCACGCAUGGAAAUGAUUGAGAAAGCCAAAGUGCUCCUGGCCCAGUACACUGAAGAGAAAGAAGACAAGAUCCUGCAGUAUAACAAUGAAUUGGCGCAGCUCCAAACACGUUUUGACCAGGCUCACAGUGAGGUCCUCAUCUGGGAGUCUCACUGGGCCCACAUCCAGAACACGGCUGCCGAGAAAACCCUUAUGCUCGGCACCAUUAAGAUGGCCACCCUCAACCUCUUCCAAUGUGUGAGCAAGCAGCUGAAAGAGAGCCUGAAUGUGCCAGUGGAGGACACUCACAGACAGCUGGACAUGAUUCAACAGUUUAUCCAAGACCUCACAGACAUCUGUAUGGAGGUGAAAAGGAAGGACCAUCUUAGCCGCCAGCAAGCAGCUACACUUUGAGGAGUUUUAAGAGGUGUUUCAACUUGACCUGCUCAGUAGGGUAGUAAGGGCAAGAGAAGGAGAGAGGACUCUAAAGGUGUUAUAGACUCCAGCACAGGUUAUGUUAGUGAAGUUUCAUACUAUUAAAAAUAACAAUAUAUUUAAGAUAUUUCUUCAUUUACUGGGAGAUUUGGACUCAUCAGGUCAGCUCCAUCUCACAGCUUUGGUCCAGAGGACCAUGGUGGUAUGCAUUCUCUAGCAAACGGGAUUUUGCCUGGGGGGAGACAGCAUGCCAGUAAAGCAUGCAAAGUGGCAAGGGCAGGCUGGGACAGCAUCUCAGGUGGAAAUUAGUCCUAGUUUUCACACUUAGGCCUCUCAUCCAGUGUAAGCUCAGAGAUAUUGCAUAGGGACAUCACAGCAGAGUCAGAGACUCUGCUUCAGAGAGCUUCAGAGAUUUCCCAUCAGCACAUCUGUGAAUUCUUAUUUGCUUGUCCCUGAGGCUUUCUCUGCAGAGCCGUACCUUAUAUACCAAAACUCAUACCCCUCCUAGCUAUUAGGAAAAGUGUAGAAAGUAGAUAUAGAUGAAGGAUGAACUAACCUAGGCUACUACAUUAGGCAUUUAGCUAUUGAUAAUGAGUGUUAAUUUUUGAUGAAUACAGCACAACAGAACUAAAAAAUGACACUGAGGAUAUACUACAGAGUUCAGUCCAGGCUCAGAAUCUUUUGAGGAGGACCUUCUAAUGGAUCAAGCAUUAUAGAUUGAUCCAUAAUGAGUUUAUAGAUUUUGCAGCUUAUAGAUUUUGCAGCCAAGAGAUUACUGCUGAUAUGCUCUUGCUCCCUCCUAUUCAGUAGUUACUCCUGUGUUGAGUCCAGUGAAGUGGAUUUGGUUAAUGUAUCUUCCAGAGAAGUUCAAGUCCAGCUGAUGCAUAUUUAAAAUGCCUAAGAUUUACUCAGACAUCUGACCACUUCAUCUGAGAGUGAGGAAGACACAGACUGACUCCCUCAAAAGCAAUGCUUUCAUAAGCUAUAAGGAAAAAAAGGUACACCUCAGAGCUGCAGGUAGGUUGCAUAUUUGGAAACCAAAGGAAGAAUGAGUUCAGGACUGGAAUGCUUGACACGGAGUCUGUACAGAAACUGCUCCCUCUACAUCUUUGCUGUUGCUUUCUUUGCAAACUUGAAUUCAUAAAAAUAAACUCAAUUAGAAAAACAGUAUCUUAUGUCAGACCUUAGCAAGAUCUCAUCCUGAAAGCUCAAGACUCUUGAACUCAGGUCCUUUUUAUGUCUUUGAAGCUUAGUGAGUUACCAUCCAUCACCAGAAAAUGACCUUGUGCAUGUCCUCAGGAUGAUGCUAUUGCAGAAGAAAACAUAACAGUGAAAGCCUCCAUUUGAGAGACAAGGGCAGCAAUUGCUUAUCUGUUACUGUAUAUGGAAGGGGAGAUCAUUUCUUUUUAAAACCUUGACAUAGUAAUACAGUGUGGGCCAAGACAUGCCCUGUGUUUUUUUCUGAAUAGCUCCCCAGAGUAGUGGGAGUUGACUGGCAGUUUGCAUUUGAGCUGGCAAGAAAAAGUAAAAGUAGUUAUAAUCGCAUUCAUCCACCAUAUGCCUACACUUUCAUGAUUAUAUUAUGAAUAUAAUGUAUGAAUAUUAUCCCUCUGAAAAAGGGAUAAUAAUUGUCAGAAAGGAGCAAGAGUGAGUUGCUCCUCAAGGGAAGCAGCCAAGGUGACAGCAAGGGAAGAAGGCAGUGUCCUCAUCAACAGGACUCAGUCCCAUGGUACAGGAGCAAGAACAGGAGUGCGGAUCCCUGACGGUGAGCAGGUUUGGCUGAAGUCCAAUAAUUUCCACACUAGUUUGUAGCGAUGAGGUAGAUCUGAGAUGAAGCCAAAACGUCAAGUCAGCAAGGCAAGAAUCAGCAAGGUACAAGGCUGGGCACAGGCUUACCUGCAAGGCAAUGCCAAAGGCCUGAGCAUAAAUGCAGGCUCCUGACAGCUUUUCCUCACACAACUCCAUCUCACACCUUCCCUGUUUUGUCAGCAAUCUGACCCUAGGUUACACCGCUGUGCUGUACCAGCGCUGGCCUUAACCACAAGCAACCCGAGCCUUUGGAGGGGAGAAGAAGUUACAGAGCCCAUGGGUGCAGAGAGGGUGCUGGCAUUAGUAUUGCCUUGCAGUGGGCUGGGAGGUUGAGGGUGCUGACAUUUGCAAAGAGCCGUAUUACUUCUCAGACUAGGAGCUCAGAUUAAUGUCCUAUAUAAGCGAUUAAGUAACCACUACUGUGGUCUGGACCCUGCUGUGAUGGGUGUACUUACACAGUCCUUGCUUCAAGGAACCCAGGGUGAAGGAGAAAAGAGAAGCCCAAUCUGGGAGCAGAAGCAGUGUAGAAGCCCAGCAUCAUCUAGUAGGUGAAUGACAGAGAUUGGAUUACUGGCCAUCUAGAAGCAAAGGGUGUUUAGAAGCCACAUGAGUAAAGAGAGGACCAUGGCUUAGGAACAGGAACUGAGGGUUGUAGGGUUUUAGGUUGUAGCAUUACUCAGUGAAACGAUAAGAUUGGAGAAGAGACGGGGUAAGGGUAAAUGGGAGCUUUCCUGUCUUUGGUUAAGACCCUGAAAAGGGGCUAUGGGUCUGCAACAGCUCUUUGCAUGGAAAGGACUUCCUUCAAACAGGGGCAGAUCCUUCCCAUUGCCAUGCUAAGGCCUCCUUCCUCAGCGAGUAGAAACAUUCAGCCUAGUCGUGCUCUCCAGCAACUCUGGAACUGCAGUGGUGGCCUUGAGAGGCAGGCAAUGCAGAAAAUUCAAGGCACUGAUAAUUGAUUUCUCAAUGAGAAGCAAAUAUAUACCAUUCAGUUUAGAUGGAGUGAUUCACCGCUCAGUCCCAGGGCCAGGCCUCAUAAGAAGAAUGGAAAUCCACUCUCCUGGCAAUUUCCUCAGAGACAGCAGCUUGCCACAUGUGGGCUGGAUCUGAGAGCCUUUGCCCCACAGAAAAUAAUGCUUCCACCACUCGUGCUGGCCUAGAUCAAGGCCUUUGUGUUGCUGCUCUGUGAGAGGAAGCACAUAGAAGCAAACGGAAGAGAAAAAACAAGCAGGAGUGUGUCUCACUGAGUCCUUCAGAGAUCUCAGGGUAAAUGUGUUGUAGAGGAAUUAGUGAGAAUACUGAGACCUACUGCCUGCCCUGGAAAAGUCAGCUCAUGAUUCAUCCAAGCACAGAUGAAGUCGGGCAUUUGUGUCCUUGCAUCUCAUCUCAGCAGUGAUGUAUCCAAAGGGACCAUUUAUGUCCAUCCCAGGAGAUGACACAGCUGCCCCUUCUCUUUCUAGCUCCAGCUUCCCCCUUGCCCAUUUUGAGGAGCCAGAAGAGGCUCUGACCAGAUUGUGAAGCACAGAUUGUGCCCUGGAGAGCUGCAUGCUGUCUAAAUUACCUGGGUUCCUCACCUCUUCUCAUGGGACUAAGAGCCCCUAAAGAUGCCUCUUCAAGAAGCCUUGGCAAGAGAUGGUGCCUAUGAGGCGAGGGGGAAAGGAGUGUACCCAAAAUGUGCAUUGACCCUGUCACGACUGAGGUGAAGGGAUCCUUGACUGGGCUUGUCUGCAAAACCAACCAAUGAGCUAUGGAGUGUGGGGGACAGGCACUGGCUGCUCCAUGCAAUAAAACUCAUUUCAUUCACCCUCCGUCCUUCUCCUGGAGAGUUUGAAAGGAAGGAAAUCAUCUUCUCUAACUUAAGCCAAAGCCACCCACCUGAGGCAUUCCAAGCCGAACAGAAAGACAAAUUCCACUCUCAUCACUGGUGAGAGGCUAGAGGAUGCCAAGCUGGACUGCACUGGUCCUGAAGCCCUGCUUCACAGAGGGGACCAUCAGGGUUAGCAGGGUUUCCUGCCCAUCCACCAUGUUUCUCCUUCUCUUGCAUGCUGGAGCCAUCCUCCUGGCACGAGGACCUCAGCACCAGGAAAGGAGAUGGCAGGACCCACUCCCCAAGCACAGGAUGCUAAACAUCACAAAGGCGAAGUUCCCAGUGUUUUCUGCCAGCCCAUCCUCCUUCUUGGGCUGCGUGAAGCAAAAGCAAUGUGACCAAAGACUAAAAUUACUUAAUUAAAGUUCUGUGACAUUCUGUAUAAUAAACAGGGUUUUUUUUGUGUGUUAACAGCCUGCCUUUUCCUUAUGGAAUUGCAGGGCUCGGGUUGUAGGGCUUUUUGUUCACUUUUGAUUUUGUUUGCAAUUUUUUUCCCCUUUGGCACAGAAAAGAGAUGAUUAAAGUA